AUGUCGUGCCGUCACUGCCACGUGACCUGUCGAUCUAUGGAUUGCUUUCAACGUCACAAACAACAGAAACGAGACAAGAAGGGACGCUCCAUCCCCUCCAAGUGUGAGAGUUUUUGGAAAUGCACCAUCUGCAAAAAAGUACUUGACAGAAGCGAGAGGGAUCCACAACUCCACAACUGCGGGGAAUGGAAAUGUCCUUGUUGCAACAACUAUGUGGACCAAGGUCAUCUUUGUUACCAGCCUCCAAAAGAAAUCAACGACGUCCACGCCAAAUUCAUAUUUUACGACUUUGAAUGCUGCCAGGACGAAUUACUUCGAUGCAAAGAUGGUUACCUGCCCAGUGGAGUCUGUCCCACCUGCCCAGGAGACAACUGCAGUCAUCAGUCUCGCUGUCAACAUUGCCAGCAAUCAUGGUGUGGGAAACAACAACAUGUCCCAAACUAUUUGGUGGCACAGACGGCCUGUGAAGCUUGCAAACACCUGCCUGUCACAGAAACAUCCAAAUGCCAUGAAUGCGGGUCGAGAUGUCCCUGUUGCAGUCAACGCGACAAGAAGAAACAGUACCUGAAAAUACCAUGUGAGCAAACCUGUGGAUUCCGUCAAGUCAUCUUUCAAGGCGAUGGAGCUCACAUCCAGUUUUGUCAGUGGCUCUUCCAAAAUCACCACAAAGAUGUCACAGCUAUCGCGCACAACAACAAGGCCUAUGACGCUUAUUUGCUGCUAGAGUACAUGAUUGACCAGUCCAUGUACCCUCAAAAAAUCAUAUACAAUGGCUCGAAAAUCAUGUACCUGCAAGUGGAGAGGGGGCUUAACAUCCGGAUUAUCGACAGCUUGAAUUUUCUGCCCAUGAAGCUGGCUGCUUUCCCAAAAGCCUUUGGACUGACGGAAUUGAAGAAAGGAUACUUUCCCCAUUAUUUCAACACCCAAGCACAUCAAAACUACUGUGGACCAUUUCCAGAACCAGAAAUGUAUGGUGUCAACUUUAUGGGAUCCAAGGAGAGAUCCGAAUUUCUGAUGUGGCAUGCUGAGCAACAGGGAGUGUUCGACUUUGAGAAAGAAAUGAAGGCAUACUGUGUGUCAGAUGUCGCCGUUCUCAGAGAAGCCUGCCUUACAUUUCAAGCUCUGAUGCUGAAAGCUACUGGCGAAAAACAGAUCGAUCUCGACACCAAAGCAGUCAACUACAUAAACGGCAUCGACCCUUUUGCCCAGUACAUCACCAUCGCCUCGGUAUGCAUGGGCAUCUUUCAGAGUAAAUUUCUGAAAGAAUACCAGCAUGUUAAACUCACAAAUGGACGACAGAUCACGGACUGGAUGACGGUCAGAGAAGAGUUGAGAGAUCGUGGAAUGACUGUAGCUGAAUCGGAAACCGUACCCAGCCCCAUUGCUCAAGUUCCAAGCAGUGGCUAUACAAGAAAGGAUAUAUUCAGCAAAGUGUCCAUCCAGUGGUUGAAAUGGUUUCAACACCGACAUGGAGACAAAUACCAGAUACAACAUGCUCUGAAUGGUGGGGAACAUCUGGUACCAGGAACUCACUACCGUUUGGAUGGAUAUUGUGCUACAACAAACACUGCAUUCGAGUUCCAUGGCUGUUUGUGGCACGGUUGUCGACACUGCUUCCCACACGAGCGUUCUACCACAACACAUCCAAGAACCAAUCAAUCCAUUGAAGAACUGUAUGCCUUGACGUGUAGAAAGAGGGAAGUUUUGAAAGUCAAGGGAUACAAAGUCAUCGAGAUGUGGGAACAUCAAUUCCAAGAUCAUCUGAAAUCAAAUCUUGAGAUGAAGCACUUUGUGACUUCAUUGGAUCUACAAGACCGACUAGAUCCUAGAGACUCUUUCUUUGGAGGAAGAACCAAUGCAAGCAAAUUGCAUUACAAAAUCAAAGAAGGGGAAGAAAUUAAGUAUGUGGAUUUUACGUCUCUCUAUCCCUGGGUCAACAAGUAUUGCCGGUAUCCCGUGGGACAUCCUGAAAUCGUACAAACGGAUUUCAAGCCUUUGGAUCACUACUUUGGCAUUGCCAAGGUGAAAGUGGCAUCACCCAGAAAACUUUAUCAUCCCGUCCUACCCUACCGUUCCAAUGGAAAACUAAAGUUCCCACUGUGUAGAAGCUGUUCAGACCAAGAAUUGCAAACAAAAUGUCACCAUUCUGACGAAGAGAGGAGUAUCAUUGGAACCUGGUGUAUACCUGAAAUCCUUAAAGCCAUGGAAAAGGGGUAUCGAGUCAUCAGAGUCUAUGAAGUUUACAACUGGCCUGAAACAAUGCAGUAUGAGCCAACAACACACGAGGGUGGCCUCUUUGCAGACUAUAUUAACACCUUCCUCAAGCUGAAGCAAGAAGCCAGUGGAUGGCCCGAAUGGUGUGUCACAGAGGAAGACAAAAACCAAUACAUCAGACAGUACAGAGACAAAGAGGGCAUACAGCUGGACCAAGACAAAAUUGUAAAGAACCCUGGGCUUCGUUCGUUAGCCAAGCUGUGUCUGAACAGUUUCUGGGGGAAAUACGGCCAACGUCUGAACAUGAAACAAUCUGCCUUCAUUCACGAAAACAAUGCAGACGUUUUCUUCCAGAUGUUGGCAAAUCCUACCAAAAAUAUCAUCGAUUUCCAGGUGUUGACAGAGUCCAUUUUACAGCUGGAAUAUCAACACAAGUCCACCUUCAUCCCAGAAGAUUUAAAAAACUAA